AUGGAAGAAAACCAAUCCUCUACUCUAGACUUCAUUCUCCUGGGAGUUAGUGGUCAGCAAAAGCAGGAAGAAAUCUUCUUCAUUCUCUUCGUGUUCAUUUAUCCCAUCACAGUGAUUGGAAACCUGCUCAUCAUCUUGGCCAUUCACUCGGACACUCGCCUUCACAGUCCCAUGUAUUUUCUCCUUGCCAACCUCUCUUUUGUUGAUAUUUUCUUUUCUUCUGUAACUAUCCCUAAGACACUGUCCAACUAUAUCUUGCAAAGCAAAGCAAUCUCCUUUGGGGGAUGCCUAGCACAAAUGUAUUUUAUGAUUUCUUUGGCUAAUACAGAUAGCUACAUCUUGGCUGCAAUGGCAUAUGAUCGUGCUGUGGCCAUCAGCCGCCCACUCCAUUACACAACAAUUAUGAGCCCACGAUCUUGUGUCCUGUUAGUUGUUGGAUCAUGGGUAGUUGGAAACACUAAUGCCCUCAUCCACACACUGCUCACAGCUAGUUUGACUUUCUGUGGAAAUCUGGAAGUAGCCAACUUCUACUGUGACAUUGUCCCUUUGCUUAAGUUAUCCUGCUCUGACAUCACAUUUAAUGUAAAGAUGAUGUAUCUAGGGGUUGGUGUAUUUUCUGUGCCCUUAAUAUGCAUCAUUAUAUCCUAUGUCCGGGUCUUUUCCACAGUCUUACGUGUCCCGUCCACCAAAGGUGUACGCAAAGCCUUCUCCACCUGUGGCUCCCACCUCACGGUUGUUUCUUUGUAUUAUGGGACAGUUAUGGGCAUGUAUUUCCGCCCUCUGACUAGCUACAGUUUAAAAGAUGCUGUGAUAACUGUGAUGUACAUGAUUGUGACUCCAAUGUUAAAUCCAUUCAUCUAUAGCCUGAGAAACCGAGACAUGAAGACUGCCCUGGGAAAACUAUUCAGCAAGAGAAUCUGGUUAUAA